CUGAACAUUUGCAGACCGGUGGCUCUUGUUCCUGUGUCCCCCCUUAAGAUUUCCUACUCAUUAGUGAAGCCUGCAAGAACAACCACUUGAUUUGGCAGCAUGAAGCCUGUUGUUGUUGUUCAUGGUGGAGCUGGCCGCAUCUUUAAAGAUCGGGAAGAAGGAGCUCGUUCAGGUGUUACCAGAGCAGCACUGAAAGGUUACAGUAUCCUUAAACAAGGAGGCAAUGCAUUAGAUGCAGUUGAAGAAGCAGUAACAUCAAUGGAAGAUGAUCCACAUUUUAAUGCAGGCUGUGGAUCUGUUUUAAAUGAGAAGGGUGAAGUAGAAAUGGAUGCCAUUAUCAUGGAUGGAAAAAAUCUAGCCUCAGGAGCAGUAUCUGCAGUUAAAUGUAUAGCUAACCCAAUAAAGCUUGCUCGUCUUGUCAUGGAAAAGACAGAGCACAUGUUGCUGACUGACCAUGGGGCAAAUCUUUUUGCCAAGGCCAUGGGUGUUCCUGAGAUUCCAGGGGAGAAACUUAUAACGGAAAGAUCCCGGGAGAGAUGGAGCAAGAACCUUGAGCCAGAUUCUAACCCUCAUGAGUUUAAAAAAGACCCUGGAACAGUUGGUGCCGUUGCUAUAGACAAUGAAGGAAACGUAGCUUGUGCAACAUCCACUGGGGGACUCACUAAUAAACUGGUUGGCCGAGUCGGUGAUUCAGCAUGCAUAGGAAGUGGAGGCUAUGCUGAUAACCAUGUUGGUGCCAUCUCUACCACAGGACAUGGAGAAAGCAUGAUGAAAGUGGUCCUAGCCCGACUUAUUCUCUAUCACAUGGAACAAGGAAUGUCACCGGUGGAUGCUGCUGACACUGCAUUGAAUUAUAUGAAAACAAGAGUGGGUGGAUUAGGAGGUGUCAUAGUUGUCAGCAAUUCAGGGGGCUGGGCAGCAAGGUUCUCCACCAAGCAGAUGUCUUGGGCUACAGUGAAGGAUGACCAGUUGCAGUAUGGCAUUUACACAGGGGAGAUACAUACGAGCUCUGUUGCAGAAGCACUUGAGUCCAAGUAAUUCUGGGGAUGAAGAAAAGUGGACGGUACAGCAGGACAAAGAUCUCAGUCUUCAUGGGGAGCAGUGAAAAUUGAUGUUAUCUUUCUAAAAAGAUUUACCCUCUAUUAAAUAGUCCCAGAAUUCACCACUUUUUACAAGCAAACUGAAACCCAGAAGCACUGGGCUUAAAGAUGAUGGAUGUGGAUAUAGUGAUCAAUUCAAUGUCUCUAGAAAGCACCAGGGCUGGUGUCCUCUUUUCAAAAACCAGAUAGCGUAUAGGCGUGUACAAGGGCAUCCCCUCAUGUCUGGGCUGACUCUCUUCUAGCACCCUCUGCCGACAGUUGCUCAAGCCCUGUAGUGAUCUGCCUCUUCUUGUGACUCAGCCUCUCCAGCCAGGUCCCACCCCUUUUAGGGUAGUGAAGUCCAACAGAUAAUCCAAUGUCCUUACAAAAGGUCUUCAGCCCCGAUUCUGGCCUACUGUGCUCCUUAGAGCUGCUUAUCUCAGGGCUGUCAAAAGUCCUUUUCCACUUGUAUCAGGGGUUUCAUGCCAUCUUCUCUGGUGGCUAGCAGGGGAACCCAGGUCCUCCCACUAUACUAGGUUCCAGUCCAAGGACCCUACAACCAGCAGCCAAAGUCUACCAUGUCAGACUCUUUACUGCUGCCUCUCUGGACUUCUUCCUACCAAGUCUGCCAGCAGGUCUCUCUCACAACCUCUCUAAAUUCACCCUCCUUUCAGGGCCAGAUCUUCCCCCUGGAAUCCGCCAGUAAAUCUCAUACCAAGUGUACAAUUUAACUCAUCUUCACUUUUCAUCCCUCCUAAGUUUCCCUUACACAGUCCCUCAGUUAACCACCUGCCAGAGCUCUCUUUCUGGAAGUCCAGAUCCUGCCCUUUUAUCAGAGCUCACCACACUGAAGCUUGUUCAGUCCUAGUGGCUGCACUGUCUCUCACCUGGCCUCUUGCUAAACUUCUCUACCCAUAAGAGGGUUCCAGGGCCAACCUUCUUCCUAGACUUCCUCCUCGACCCUCAGGGUCUUGCUACUCUCUUAUACCUGAGGAGUGAAUGCAAAAUUCUUUUCUCUCUCCCCGAAACCAUCUUCUUUCUUUUUUCUAUCUGCUUCCUGUUUUAUGGUGCAGCAGCCUCAGCCUAUGAGGCUAUGACUGCCACCUACAGCAGUUUUUGCAUAAGCAAAAUCUAUAUCCUCUCACCCAGUCCUGUAUCCUUAAAAAAAUCAAAUUCUUUUUUAAUACUACCCCACUUUCCCAGUACUCAGACUAUAUUCGUUCACCUUGGGUGCGUCUCAGUUCUUCAUAAAGAAUUUUUCUUUCUAUGUAACAGCCCCUGCAUUGCCACAGCAGAUGAUUAACUGUUUCUUGAACUUUGCAGGUGUCCAUAACCCAUUUUUGUGCUUGUUUAGUAAAUAUAAAUUACCAUUCAGAUCACAGUGACCUGUUAGCCCUCUAAAUGUAUAGUUACUUCACUUCUUCUAUCAUAGCUAUUAAGUAUACCAUUUUCCUCAAGUUUAGGACAUAUUUCAUAGGACCUUUGUCCUUUUUUUCCUCUUUGGUCCAUAAUUCUUGACAUUCCCUCUUAAGUUCUCUCUUAACCAAACUUUUGAAGUCCUGUAUACUCAGAGGGCUCUUUAUGUCAAUCUCCUCAUUUUAAGGCAUUUUUCACUGCUUUAUCUGCCAUUUUGUUGCCCAGUAUCCCAGCAAGCACUGCAAUCCACACUAUUAUGAUAGGUAUACCCAAUUGUACUCUCUUUAGUUAAGAAUAAUUGAUUGAACCAGUCCUGCUUUCCGAGGCUUCCUUUCUAAUCACCAUUAUACUUGAUAUACCUGUCAUAAUGGCCACAAAAUUGGAUAGUCUCAUAGGUCUCUUAAUUUCAGAUUCAGGGAUACAAAAGGCCCUUCCCAAACUGUAUUCUCAUCUCUAGAGCAGUCAGUAUAGGUUUGGCAAUGAUGACCCCAUUUGCCAUGUAUAAACUUGUAAAUUAUAGCCGUCUUAUUUGAUGGUGCUCUUACCUUUGUUGUAUCAUAUAAUUUCAAAUCCACAACUGGGGAGAAAACCAUCCUGCUAUAGUUUGAUUUCCCAUGACUAAGGAUUUUAAUUUCUUCCAGACCUUCCUUUUAACCCACCUUUUGACCCUGUUUGCAGGUGGGAGUUUGUGUCUACUUAAUUCCCAACUGUCCUCAUAUAUUUGUUUAGUACUCUUAUCUUUGCUAUUUCCAUUAACCUUAGCUCAAAAGAUUAAAUCUAACAAUUUCUACCUUAAAUUUAUAGGCAUUUCUCAGGUUGCUACCUGCAGCACACAUGAGAGUCCAGAGUCGUAAUACUCGCACAACAUGUGAUUCACAGAGCUUGGGCUUGGAUCAGCUCUGAAUUUUUUUUCUUUUUAGUGUUGAUUGUAGAAGUUGAAUUAAAGUCUUGGUAUCCAUAAUCUAUAACUGGUGUUAUUAAUGUCCUUUACAGCAUCAACAGUUUGUUCUUAUCUGCACCCCUAGUUGUUCCCAGCAAUACUUUUAAGCACAUUCAUCCUAUCUUUACAGUUAAUUUUGAUUUUUAUCUAUAACCCUUCCAGGUUAGUUUAUUGAACAUAACUCUUAAGAA